AUGCCCUGUCCUGGGUCCCCAUCCCCGGGGCCCUCUCUCCUCCCUGCCCCCCAGCCAUGCCCUGUCCUGGGUCCCCAUCCCCGGGGCCCUCUCUCCUCCCUGCCCCCCAGCCAUGCCCUGUCCUGGGUCCCCAUCCCCGGGGCCCUCUCUCCUCCCUGCCCCCCAGCCAUGCCCUGUCCUGGGUCCCCAUCCCCGGGGCCCUCUCUCCUCCCUGCCCCCCAGCCAUGCCCUGUCCUGGGUCCCCAUCCCCAGGGCACUCUCUCCUCCCUGCCCCCCAGCCAUGCCCUGUCCUGGGUCCCCAUCCCCGGGGCCCUCUCUCCUGCCCACCUGGCCUCCCCCUCCCCCGGGCUGACCAGCUGCUGCCGCAGGGCAGUUCACGCCAGGCUGUAG